UUAGUGGCUUCUGGAAAAGCAGGUAUUACGCGGGAUAGGGUCGCGUCACCUACCUAAAGGGGCCACUGCAAAAAAAAAAACAAAAAACCUCGCAACAUCAAGAAAACUGAAUACAAAGUCCCACUUUUCUGUACUCACAUCCGAUCGCGACAAGGAGACCACCUGCUGAAUAUAAUUAUAUUGACAGCGGCACAGGGGACGUCACUGUCGAUCAUGUCUGUUCUUUGUGCGAGCCUCACCACCCCGGAUGGCAGUUUCCCCCCGACCCCCACCUCCGACAGCACUUCGAAGCGCCUGUCCUGGAGCAAACUGGUGCAGAAACUCACCGACUUCAGCGGAUCCAGCGUCCACCAGAGCUUGGACUCGGACUGUGACUCUGACAGCUGCUGCAGGAGCGAUGACUCUGACACUGGAUCUGCACUCCUUUCACUGACUACCUCUGAAGAGUACGAUCUCUUCUACGACCCUAUGGAGGAGAUGCUCCGCAGGGACGUGGUUGAUCUCAUUGCACGCAGCCUCACAGAUGCUAAAGAAGGAGCACUAAGAUGUGCCAAACUCAUAAUCCCAGACCUGCUUCUGGACCACAUCGGCCAGGAGCUCCUGCACUUGGCGGCCAGCGAACCGUGCGGACUCCGAGGAGCCCUCAUUGACCUGUGUGUGGAGCAGCAGGACAUCUGCCAGAGUGUGGAGCAGAUAGCUGUGGACCCCUGUCUUGUUCCCACUUUCCAGCUCACCUUGGUGCUGAGGCUGGAGUCCAGAGGACUGUGGCCGAAGAUCCAGGGCCUCUUCUCCGCAAAAUCUCCCUCAGUCCCCAUGGCGAGGCAUGCCCUUAGACUCCGUACUGGCUUUCGAGUGAUCAAGAAGAAGCUGUACAGCUCCGAAGAACUACUCAUUGAGGAAUGUUGAAGCCCAAAAUCUCCCCAGGAGAUCACUUUUGAAGGACUGACUUUGGGAACAUCAUGUUUGUAUAAAUAUGAGUUGCACACAUGGUGAUUUACUAGUAGAAACCAGAAGCAUUUCUACUGGUCAUUGUCCAUCCUAAAGUUUUAGGGGGGCUUGCAUACCAAUAUUCACUGUUAAAUGAUUCUUGCAUGAGACUAGUAUGCAAGAAUGAGCUCUUGGAAGAUCAAAAUGUCUGCUGGUAAAUGCCAUGUGUUUCAGAUUGAUGCUCUGCCGAUCUAUACACUAGUGUAUGGAGUGCAUCAGACAAAGGGCAAUGAAAAUGGUGCUUUCAUGCUCUGGAGUUGUGUACCUCAGUAUAUGUGGAAACAAUAACUACAGCCGCCUGACUACACUGCAGUGUUGGCAGUAUUAAGAAAUGUUAAAAUGACCAUUUCUAUGCCAUUUCUAGCAAUGUGGGAUUUGUACUGUAAAACUGUGUCAUUGGAUUAGGAUCAUCUUUUACUCAGCUGACUUCUUUUUUAAAAAAAAAAAAAAAAAAAAAAAAAACCCCUGCAUCCACUGUUGACUGAGUUGGGGAGCAUAAGUUUUAACUUUUUUUUUUUUUUUUUUUUU